CCUCAGGUGUAGCCCUAAAAAAAAAAAAAAAAAAGAAAAAAAAUCAUAAAUAUUAGAUUGUGAUUAUAAAAGCCAAUGUUACUCUUCAUCACUCAUUAAAAAAGCAAUUUCAAUAUUCUUUUGUGCUAUAUACUAUAUCAUACAUAUGUUGAAAAAAAAUCGGAUUAUUACAAUCUGCCUACAUCUUAAAGAACAAAAUAUAUUCCAGAAAGUGCCACCAUACAAAAGCUUCCUACAAAGUUUCCCAAAACAGUAUUUAGUUUAAAAUAAUCCACUUUGCCCCAAACAUUGAUGAAUGCUCACCCUAUCUUCAAUCACUUCAAACUCACCAUUUGUCAUACAUUUGUUUGUGUUGAAUCUCCCUAUUUUAUGGAGUCAGUGGAAAAACCAAACUAAAUUGAAGAGAAGAAAAGCCCACAUUUGCAGAGCUUUAAAAUGAUCUUUGGAUUCUAUUUAACAUGAUCUUUUGAUUACAAUUCUAAUCAUUUGAUUCAGUCAUUUUCACUUUGAGCUGAGAGAGAUCACCCUUAAUGUGAUACUUCUCUUUACUCACCUGUAAAAUGGAAAUAAAGCUGAUCACAUAGAAUGAAGGUGAUGUUGUUAUCUUCCAUUUGCUGAGAAAAAUUACCUUCUCUAAAACAAGUCUUUGUGGGAAAAUUAAACAUCAAAGCGAUUAGAAUGAUUGGCUACUAAGUUUUUAAAGAAUAAGAGUCUUUUUUUUUUCCCCUGCACACAAAUAAAUGAAAAUGUAAAAAACAAGAGACCAUUCCCUAAAUAGAUCAAUUGAAAAUGGUUUUUCACCUCCCUAAGAAAUCAAGCUUGUUAUUGUUGCUGUGGCAACGGCUUCAUCAGUAUGAAGACUGCAGUUCCUCUGGCCUGCCUAAUGACUCAACCGAAGGAGACAGAACACUUUAUUAGUAUUAUUUUUAUUUCAAAAUUUAAAAAUCGAUGUCUGUGCUCUUGAAUGGCUGGAAUAUAGGUACAACAAUAAGAAUCACAUUGUGAAAGGAAGUUGGGAAGGAGUCACUAAGAAAGGGAACUAGGCCUCAGGGCACAGACUAUGCCAUCUGCCAUGUACUUGUGGCCAGGCAGUGACCUCUUGGUUGUCCUAACUGGACUCAGAGCCCCUUCACUUGGCCUUGUUGCCCUCUCUCUGGUGGGAAAUACUGGGUCAUUAAUAAUGUGUGGAUGAAAAUCCAUUCCUUCACCAAUCAACAAGUGCUUUUUGAAUGCGUACUACAAGCCAGUACUAUCUCAGUACCUGACACAAUGUUUGAACAAAUGGAUAAAGUCACUGUCAUCCUGGACUCACAUUCUUGUGGGAGAAACAGGCCAAAACCAAGCAGGUAAACCCAUACAUAAUAUCAGAUAGAAAUAGCUGUUAUGAAGAUGUAUAAAGCGUAUUAAGAUAGUAUUGGGAAAAUUUUUGAAAGAAAGAAGAGGGAAAUCCUGAAAAACUAAAAUCUUCAAGAAAACCAUAAUAUUUUAAUUUGCCUAUAAUUAGGUCUGAAAGCUAUAGAUUUACCUAUGAAUAUACUAAUAUAUCAGUCAUUUUUUAAAAUGAAUAUAAACUUAAUAGGAGCCUCUAUUUGUCAGGUGCUGGGAUCAUUGCCGGGAAAAGUAAGACAUGGACUUAGUUCUAGAGCUUAAAAUAGUCCAGGCCCUUAAUACUUCUAAUGGCAUACCCAAAUUCAAGACCUCCAGUUCUUUCAGAACUCUUUAUGUUGUACCUCUCGAGUAAAUUCCUUAAAGUUUUCCAGAUAUGCUUUAUUGCUCUAAAAAAAGUCUUUGAGAUAUUUUCAUGUAAUUUCUUACAGGAGAAAAAGAAGGCUUAAAAAUUCACUGUCUAGCUUACCAUUUUACAUAGCAGGUUCUUUUGUGGAACUCAUAACUUUGAGAGAUGGUAAUGGAAGAAAAUAUAAGUCAACUGGGAAAGAAUUUGAAUAGUUUUGUGAACAGCAAAGCCAUCCCUAGCAACUAAGAAAAGCUGAAAGCUUUGGAGUGUGCAUUCUGCUAAGGAAGCUAUAAAAUAGAGGUUCCACUGUGAGAUGAAGAGAAUCAGGAAAAGGCACACAGUUAGGAAGACAACCAAGCCUUCCCUUCCCUGCCAAGGUUGUGCUGGCAACAGCUGACAGGGCUGCAGGAACACUGGACCACCCAGUGUAGCAAUUCCUGCAUUCUUAUCUGAUUGAAUUUAUUCUUUAUUGUCUCAUAGAGAACCUUGCACUGACUUGGCAACUUGGCUAGGCAUUAUAUUUUUAUGUUGCCAUAAAGCAACUGCAGUGAUUGUGGAAAGCACACUUACUGCUUUUCCGAUGACCAGUGUUUUGCAUGUAUUAUAAUUGAACUGUUUGCUUUCUCUACCUGGAUUGAAGAUCAUACUCUGCAGAUGAUUCUAAGGUGCUUUAUAAAUACUGUAUGCGGCAGUGUAGAAAAAAAUUUUUUAACAACAAUAGCUGGGAUUGAGUCAAACAGGAUGUUCACACAGAACUCUUGGGAAAUCCUGAUUCUAGAAACUUGCACAGAUACAUUUCUAAGGGUUACAAGCUGUUCUCUUCCUCCUCUAAAGUUUUUCAUUUGGUUGGUUGGUUGAUUGCUUUAUGUUUUGUUUCAAACACUUGUUAAUCUCCAGACUAUCAGGGUCCUGUCCUAUUGCCCUUGGGUUAAUCUUGCUGUCCCAGAGUAGAACAUGACUGGAUUGUGUCAGGUGUCUUGAUCUGAAAACCUCAUCAAGCUGAGCAGUUGACAAUGUGAGACAUAAAGCAGUUCUGAUGAAACCUGAGGGAAAAAUGAUUCCCACCUGAGCUUGGCCGGCUCUGUGCUCAGACUGUUCUUUCCCACUUGCAAUUGUCCACAUACCCCUAUUAAUUCUCUCCACACUGAGCCACUUUUGGUCCUUUCUGAUUCAGAGAAUACUGGCAAUAGGAGCACCAUAAGCAUGAGUUCUGAGAGGUUCUGGGUGGAACGUCCUGUUCCAGCGCAUUUUUUGACAGCACAGCUGGUUCCCAGGUGGCGAUGGCUACGGAAGAUACUGUCAGUCCAUUAAUUAGUGGCAGAACCCACAUGUACACAGGGGAUACUAUGACAUGUUCCCUCUGAAAGAUGAUUUCUGUUCACAUUCUAAAUCCUGAAAAAUUGAAGUCAAAAUGUUAAUAAGCUAAUGAGCCUGACUCAUUUUUUUUCAGAUUUAGAAACUGAUUUUAUUACAAUGUAGAAUUAACACAUUCUUCCUUUCCUUUCUGCAUUAAUUAAUUUAUUUUGAAAUGUACGUACCGUGGAGAUAGUAUAAAUCUUAAUUUACACUGUUUCAGCUUUGCCCUGUACUUGUUUCAGGUUUAUAGCAUUGAUCUGCCUCUUUCAGGAUGUUUUCCUUAAUUUCCAGCCUUGUCUGGUUAUGAGCACGUUUGCCUUUCUUUUUUAUUUAUUUGUCUUCCACAAUCCAGGCCAAGGCUCAGCUGUCUCCUUUAGCUGCCAUUUCAUCCUCAGAAGAGCAAGAUUCUACUUUGACCUUUGAAGUACUUGUCUGCCUUCAGUACUUUACCAGUUUAUAUUAUUUUUGUUGGGUCACCAUGACAUACUGCGUAAUUUAUUAUGUUAUUUUCUUACAUCCUUGCCUGUGAUUCUAUUUGAUUAGAUAUAAAUGGCAGAGUCACUUUGGCCUUACAUUUGAAUAAAAUCUGCCCUCUUGCAAGCUGUGUGUGCAUGUGUGUGUGUGCACAUGUGUGUGUAGUGAAGACUAGUAGUGAGAUAAGGUGGUGGAGAAAAAGAGAAAAGUUGGGGAGAUAACAUUCUUAUGCCUAUGGUAUCAGCAGCUUCUCCCAACCCGAGGAAGGAUUUGAAAUAUGCCCUCAACACCCUUGUCUUUUCCCUCUGAGGGACUGGAAUCGAAUUAUGCAAUCUCCCAUUGAGAUUUCCCAGAAAAUGGGGAGGUUCCCUGGAAAUUGCUCACAGACCAGCCUGGGUUUCUCUCCAAGUCCAGGCAGUCUUGGGGCUGCUUGACAAAUAAAAGCAAAGAGAUUUCUGGAAAUAAGAAUUUGCAUUGGUAAAGCUCCAAACAUAUAUAGGCUGAUUUUUUUUUUUUAAUUUUAGGCUGGUCAGAAUUAUGAUUUUUCACAUCUCCCCAGGAGCCCACAUCAUGUGGGGAGGACUGAUAUAAUGGGCAGAGGGAACGAAUAUAUAGACGCUCAAAUGUUAUUGAUUGAAAAUACAGGGAAGUGAGCCGGUUAAGAUCUUUCUUUUCAUUGAGAGCAUGUUGAAGGUGAUCUGUACAGAGUGGGCACUCAGAAAACAUUUCAUUUAAAAAUAUUGACUAUUUAAUGUUUAUUGCUUAACAGAAAAGCUUUUGGUGGGGGGUAAAAAUAUAUACAAGCUAAAAUAACUCCCAGAACACUGUAAGCACCAAUCAGGCAGAGAGAUGGAUUAAGGAGCACUCGGCAAGCUCCAGGAAAGGCCUGGAAUGAGGAACACAGGAAGAUCCUGCUUAGCAUGUUCUUCAGGGGCCACUGCCUAGCUGGUGAAUGUUCCACCCUAAUUUGGUUUCAUAAACCCAGGCUUUGAAGGGUCACUGUGAAAAGUGAUCUCAGCCCCAGGUGCCAUGGUCACUGCCCUGGCAUGACCUCUCCCACAUCUGUGUAGGCCCCUGGGCUAAGGAACUUUCACACUUCCAGAAUCCUGUAACUCUGUGGGUGUCCCAUUCCUGAUCAGGAUCUGCCUGCAGGCUCUUGUCCUUGCUGACCCACACCUAACAGGAAGCAUGACAUUGGGUAGAAACUAUUUGUCCCUGUACUCCCCCACAUUCCUCAGCCCCCCUCCUCUGUACCCAGGGAGGCAUGUCCAGUUAAGGUGCAGUCUGGCUGAGAACCAAUGCCUAUUAAACCAGGGCAGAGAGAAGCUGAGAAGUUUGUGUCCUCUCCUAAUCCUCUCACCCCACCUCAGCCAAUGAGACCUAGAGUUAGUCUUACAUAUGUAUACAGGAGAUCCAGAAAUCUGGGGAUAAUCCUUAUUUGACCUGUGCCAUACCAGCCCCUUCUAUACAACUGUGUUGAUGCCUUGGACUUCCAUUGAACACGUUAGUGCCCUGAUGUCCUUCCUUAGACCUCAGCUUUGCUGGCUAGCUGGGCCCCAUCCCCCGCUUUGCUUUUACACAGUCCUGUUGCAUUGUUCCAGUCUUUCAACAAAUUUAUCACUUGGCCCCACAAUAAAUUUAUGGGUCCCACUCCCUGGAGUCCUGCCUCUCAUUGCUUUGGUGCUCCUGUGGAUAUUUACCCAGGCUACACUAGAACUUGAUGUGACCAUACUCAUUUUGACAGCAUAUUUAGACUAUUGGUACUUUCUGGGAGUUUGGAGCCAUAGCUGGGUCAGUUUUCAUAGCUGUAGUUCUUGUUUCCUCUUCUUACCUAUUGGCAUUUUGCUUCCAAGGUCCCAGCGUACAUUCAUGCAUCUGUGUGCAGGGUAAGAGCACACGUCCUUCUUUUCUGCCUGUUAGAGCUGUUACCUGACUUACUAUCCAGACCUCAUGCUGCCCCUAGCUGACUCUAGUACUUGCAGCCUCUGGUCCUGGUGCUCCUAGCUCCUCUCCUGCAACUAGUUAUAUCCCAGCAGGACAGAAGCUCCUUUCAGAUCAUUAUUGUUCCUACCAGUCAGCAUCCAGGUUUACUCCAUCAUCUUCACAUAACCAAGCUGCUUCAAGAAUAUGCAUGCUCAAAAAGAGGCGAGACUUCUCUUCUAGACAAGAUGAAAGACACACAAGCCAUUCAGGAAGUUUCAGAGGCCCUGAAGAAUGAAGUUCAUGAGCUGGAAGAUAAAAUGGAGAAUAAAGCACACAUAGAAGACACACAUGAUAAUCUCCCAAAGGCACGGCGAUCUUUGGUAUAUUUUGUUCCAAUAUCGACAGAUUCAGAUACCACAACACUGCCAUGGUCACGGUCAUUAUCAAAUGAAAUACUUCUCAGUUGCUAUGUGUCUAGCCCUCAGGUUAGUGGAGUAACUAUAUCAACAAUUGGACCAAAGCCUCUUAAACCUGCUUUAGUGAUCCAUUCCCAAUCAGAAAACAGCUUGGGAGGCAACACCUUCAAAAUUCCAAAGAAACAGACUCUGUCAGUCCCUACUCCUGAGCCAGCUGUGAUUGGAGAAGGGGAGGAUUAUUUCCUGUCUUUGUUUGGUGAUUCAAGGAAACUCAACGAACAUUCAUUACACACCGAGAAAGUUUGGAAGCACUUUUCUAUGAUUCUUGAAGAAGUAGGCCAAUCUAGAUCCAGUGCUCUUGGAGACGUUAAAAUAGCUGAAGUGAAUGUCAAGGGUUUAUUCGUGAAGCUCAUUAACUCGUCCCUUGACAAAGAACUGGAGAUUGGAAAUUAUAUUCUCCAACAAAAUGUGGAUGGACAAAGAGUCUCUCUGUACCAAUUCCUUCCAGAUAUCAUAAUGCAGGCCAAUUCCACAGUAACAGUCUGGGCAGCAGCGUCUGAAGCAAAGCAUCAGCCACCAUCAGAUUUUCUUUGGAAGGAGCAAAACAGGUUUAGGACAGGCCCCAGUUGUACAACAAUCCUGUGCAAACCUAAUGGUGAAGCUGUUGCCUGGUACACUCCUGUUCACUGGAAGCAAGCAUGGGAGAAAUUGGAGACUGAUAUUGAAUUUGACAGAUGCUCAGUAGUAGGUUCAGCAUCUCGAAGGCACAUGUUUCAUUGGCCAACAGUUACAACUACAACUAAAGGAAAACAAGAUCAGUCUAAGAAGGACAGCUCAAAAUACCAGCUGGAACAAGUUCGGGCUUUCCUCAAAAGAGAAAAAGAAAUCCCGCCAACUCUUUUCCCCAAUCGCAGCCCUUGGUGCCACAGUCCUAAUGUCUCUGCACACCCCUACUGUCCUCUGAUUGAUCCUCACACCUGCAUGGCUGGACGCAGCUUAGACAGACAACCCAAGCCUCGGUCAGCCAGGCCUGAUCCAGCCCAGAGACCAAGGAAAAACAGGACGUCUGAGUUACAAAAGCAAUAGGCAAUGGAUUCAACCUACAAAGGAAAAUAAUAUCCAAGUCUAGAGAACAACACAAGGAUGCCCGACAUGACACAGCCUGCCUUCCACACAGGAGAGAAAACCAGCAGCAAGUGAAAACAUUGUUUCCUUUAGAAAAGGAAGUCUUGGGAGUUCCCAUUGUGGCUCAGCGGAAACGAAUCUGACUAGCAUCCAUGAGGACACAGGUUCGAUCCCUGGCUUUGCUCAGUGGGUUGAGGAUCCAGGGUUGCC